CUCUCUUGACGGAUACUUUUUUUUUACCCCCCACCCCUAACCACGGCUUCGAAGGUGGACGCCGUCUUCUCCUCUCCACCCUUCCGUUUCUUCAAGACAGAAAUGGAGGAGGGCUCCAGCAGCGAGGAGGACGUGAUGGACCGCCAGCACAAGCGCUGCGCCAGGAAGCGGACGCCGAGCAGCAAGAAGUCCGCCGAGGACAGCAGCAGCAGCAGCGGCGGCCUCAGCCCGGGCCCGGUCAAGCGGCCCAAGAAGCCCAGCCCCGCCGGCGCGCAGUCCUACGAGGAGCUGCAGAACCAGCGCGUCCUGGCCAACGUGCGGGAGAGGCAGCGGACGCAGUCGCUCAACGAGGCCUUCGCGUCCUUGCGCAAGAUCAUCCCCACGCUGCCCUCGGACAAACUCAGCAAGAUCCAGACGCUGAAGCUGGCCUCCAGGUACAUCGACUUCCUGUGCCAGGUGCUGCAGAGCGACGAGAUGGACAACAAGAUGUCCAGCUGCAGCUACGUGGCCCACGAAAGACUCAGCUACGCUUUCUCCGUGUGGAGGAUGGAGGGCGCCUGGUCCAUGUCUACCUCCCACUGACUCGCCUCGGAGGAUGCCCAAGUGACUGUUUGAACGCUGCAAAAUCAAAUGGAUUAUUGAGCGGCCCAUGGACCUGAGUGGCAUUGAGACGUACUGCCACACACACACUCACACACACGCACUCACACACAACACACACAUGCACACACACGAGGAGUGUGUGUGUGUGGCUGCAGAUUGACCACUGCCUCCGGCAGGCUGUUGUUAAGCUGCUGCAAGAAGAAGAAGAAGAAAGCAAAGCGCACAUGUGGUGGAGGAUGAUAUAGUUGGGAUAUUCCAACAACUUCAUGAAGGAUUUAUAUUUUGCUCCCCGAAGACUUUCAACGUAAUGUAAAUGAAUGCAUAUUUACUGUACCUGUGUAAGUGCCUAUAGCCUGCAAAGGGACCAAUGCAUCAUCCAUAGACUCCAUCUGAGUCUUUUUGUACAUUUUUGCUUAUUUAUUAAAACAUA